AUGGAGUCACAAUCUCUGGUCCGCAAGCGCAAGAAACACCAUAAAUCGAGGAACGGCUGCUGGACGUGCAAAAAACGGCGCGUCAAAUGCGACGAAGCCAAACCGAGCUGCCAGCGCUGUCGUCGCACCGGAUGGGUCUGUCGAUGGGAUGAGCCCAACACAUCGCGCGCGCGCAAGGUCGCGCACUUGCAGGUCCCCGCGACCCUGCAGCUGCGUCUGUUCAACACCCGACGGGAGUGCAUCUGCUUCGACUUCUUCCGCGGACAAACCGUGCAUGAACUCAGCGGAUGGUUCACCUCGUACUUCUGGCAGAGUUUGGUGUUGCAGAUGACCCACGAGGAUGCCGUGGUUCGCCGGGCGGCCAUCGCCCUAGGGGCCCUGCACAUCGAGGGUGCCGCUCGUCGGCAUCCGGGCGGGGCGUUCUAUGCGCUGCAGUAUUACGGCCAGUCGAUGUCGGGCCUUCGACACCAGCUGGGACGCGGGAAACUUAUGCCGGACGAGGCCGACGUCUGCCUGACGACGUGCCUACUCCUCACCUGCUUCGAGGUCGUGCGGCAGGAAUUCCAGUCGGCCCAGAUGCAUUACGAGUCCGGGAUGAAGAUUCUCCAGCUCUGCAGCAAUGACAGCCCCGAGCCGGAGACGUUACGUCGCCAGCGGCAACUCCCCUACUACACACGGGCGCUGGUUGAGCACUUCGCCCUGCUAGAGAUCCAGAUCAUAUCCUUCUUCGAGUGGAAACCCAAUAACCCCAGCAUCGGCUGGGUCUACGGUCGCAUCUCAGAUAUCCAUAUCCCGGACGCUUUCCACACCAUCCAGGAGGCCAAGGGAACCUUUGCGCUGCUGAAGAGCACCGCCCUCAACCGGAUCAUGCAAGAGACCAACGCGAAGAGCUUUCCCAUACACCGCGUCGACCUGAACGACGGUCUGCCCACGCUGCCCGAUAUAACAGAAACCAACGACGAUCAGCCCGGCCCCGGGGAUCUAGGCAAUCUGAUCAUGGGGGUGCAGCAGGUCCUCGAGCGGUGGUACCAAGCAUUCGAGGCCCUGAUGGUCGCGCUACCACCGACCCUGGACGCGGAGCAGCAGCGGAUGGCGCUCGUCCUCCGGUUCCUCUACAUUAUUUUCAAGAUCGCGCUGGUGCGCAACCCCGUACGCGGGGAGAUGAGCUACGACGAUCUGCUACCCGAGUUUGAGGAGGCACUCGAUCAGGCCCGGGCGGCGCUGUCGCUGCGCGAUACACUUGAGGCCGAGCGGUCCUCGAUGUUUGCGUUGGGUCUCGGCGUCAUCUACCCGCUGUUCUUCAUCGCCGUGCGCUGUCGCCAUCGCACCUUGCGAUACCGUGCACUCGACAUCUUGUCGCUCGCACCGCAUCGGGAGGGCUUCUGGGAAGCCACGAGUGCGACGCGCGUCACUCGGGCCCUGGUGGAGUUGGAAGAGCAGGACCGUGUACCGGGCACGGUCGGUCCCGAGGGCAUCUGGCCGGAGAUGCGCGUUAUGGGGGUGAACUGCGGGAUUUCCCACGGGCAUGUCGCCGUUAUCGAGGUGUUGCGAUCGUUCUCGAAAGAAACUCUUUGUAUUCCAUUGGGCGACGCGGAGGUGUAG